GUAGACCAACCUAACACCGAGCCCAUUACUUUUCCAAGAUCAGAGAAAACACAACACUAACAGCAACUGCUUCUUGUUCAGCUAAGGAUUUAAGCUUUGACAUUGUAAACCACAGACAAGUUGGAGCCUGGCAUUGAAAGGAGGUGUUCGGCAACAGUUUUUUUUUUUUUUUUUUUUUUUCUUGUUUAAAGAAGUUUACUUCUACGGGAGGAAAUCUGGAAAAUGACAGGAGCAAAGAGGAGAAAGAAAAGCGUGCUCUGGAGCAAGAUGCAAAGCCCCCAUUGUGAAGACGUAAAACAGUGGUGUAGAAGGCGGCUGCCUAUUCUGGAAUGGGCACCACAGUACAAUCUGAAAGAAAACUUGCUUCCAGACACUGUGUCUGGGCUAAUGUUGGCAGUUCAACAGGUGACCCAAGGGUUGGCCUUUGCUGUUCUCUCAUCUGUGCAUCCAGUAUUUGGUUUAUAUGGCUCUCUGUUUCCUGCCAUCAUUUAUGCCACAUUUGGAAGGGGACGCCAUGUUGCCACAGGCACCUUUGCCUUGACAUCCUUAAUAUCAGCCAAUGCUGUGGAACGGCUUGUCCCUCAGAGCAUGCAGAACCUCUCCACACAGAGUAACACAAGUGUACUGGGCUUAUCUGACUUUGAGAUGCAAAGGAUUGGUGUUGCUGCAGCAGUUUCCUUCUUGGGAGGUGUGAUCCAGGUGGCCAUGUUUGUGCUGCAGCUAGGCAGUGCCACUUUCCUGCUUACAGAGCCUGUGAUCAGCGCGAUGACAACUGGGGCCGCCACCCAUGUCCUGACAUCGCAAGUCAAGUAUCUCUUGGGAAUGAAAAUGCCAUAUAUAUCUGGACCACUUGGAUUCUUUUAUAUUUAUGCUUAUGUCUUUGAAAACAUCAAGUCUGUCCGACUGGAAGCGUUGCUCUUAUCCUUGCUAAGCAUCGUGGUCCUUGUUCUUGUGAAGGAGCUGAAUGAACAGUUUAAAACGAAAAUUAAAGUUGUUCUUCCUGUCGAUUUAGUUUUGAUUAUUGCUGCGUCAUUUGCUUGUUAUUGCACCAAUAUGGAAGAUACAUAUGGAUUGGAAGUAGUUGGUCGUAUACCAAAAGGAAUUCCCCCAUCUCGAGCUCCCCGGAUGGACAUCCUCUCUGCAGUCAUCACUGAAGCCUUUGGAGUGGCACUUGUAGGCUAUGCAGCCUCACUGGCUCUUGCUCAAGGAUCUGCCAAAAAAUUUAAAUAUUCAGUUGAUGACAACCAGGAAUUUUUGGCCCACGGCCUGAGCAAUGUGAUUUCUUCAUUUUUCUUCUGCAUACCAAGCGCUGCUGCCAUGGGAAGGACCGCGGGCCUGUACAGCACCGGAGCAAAGACACAGGUGGCUUGUCUAAUAUCUUGCAUUUUCGUCCUUAUCGUCAUCUAUGCGAUAGGACCUUUGCUUUACUGGCUGCCCAUGUGUGUUCUUGCAAGCAUUAUUGUGGUGGGACUGAAGGGAAUGCUGAUACAGUUCCGAGAUUUAAAAAAAUAUUGGAAUGUGGACAAAAUAGAUUGGGGCAUAUGGGUCAGUACAUAUAUAUUUACAAUAUGCUUUGCUGCCAACGUGGGACUGCUAUUUGGAGUGGUCUGUACCAUCGCUAUAGUGAUAGGACGCUUCCCAAGAGCAAAGACUCUAAAUAUAAAAUACCUGAAAGAAAUGGAAUUUAAAGUAAAGACAGAAACAGACAAUGAAACCCUGCAGCACAUGAAACUUAUCUCAAUAAACAACCCACUUGUUUUCCUAAAUGCAAAGAAAUUUCAUACAGAUUUAAUGAACAUAAUCCAAAAGGAGAACGCCAGCAACCAGCUACUUGAUGAUAUCAGCAAGUGUGAACAAAACACGCUGCUCAAUUUAUCCAAUGGCAACUGUAAUGAAGAAGCACCACAGUCCUGCCCUCAUGAGAAGUGUUCUCUAAUCCUGGAUUGCAGUGGCUUGACCUUUUUUGACUAUUCCGGGGUCUCCAUGCUUGUUGAGGUUUACAUGGAUUGUAAGGACAGGAGUGUGGAUGUGUUGCUAGCUCACUGCACAGCUUCCUUGAUAAAAGCAAUGCAGUAUUAUGGAAAUCUAGAAUCAGAGAAACCAAUUUUUUUUGAAUCCGUAUCUGCUGCGAUAAGUAACAUCCAUUCAAAUAAGAACAUCUGGUGCCUCCCAGAGUCAUCCCUAUUAUAUACAAUCAGAACAAAUUUGGGCAAACUCAGUGACCAGAGUGAAGUCUGA